AUGGAGCGAGGUGGUGCGAAGGCGUCUGGCGUAUCGAACUCCUCGGCUGCUGUUUUCCAGCGUGGUCGCGAUGAUGAGAGUCUCUGGGAUGAUGGUGAACUUAUUCGCCUCUGGAAUGCACAGUUGGAACAGCAGCAGCAGAAUCAAGAGGGAAAGAAUAUAGAAUCAAAGGGAAAUGCCCUCAGUACAGAAUUAUCAGAUGAUGAUAGCUUAAUUACCUCUGAAACAAGCGUAGAGGAGAGCAAAUUAUCCUCCGCAUCUGCUUCGUCUUCUUUGUCUGCUGAUCCUAAAGAAGCCAUAAAGAGUUUUCCUCCUCGUACAGGUACUGUAGUUGCCCCAAUGGAGCCAGUUUCACUUAUACAAGAUGGAAUUAGCAAUUUACCGGCAGAUAUUCAGCGCCUGGUGUCAGCCUUCUAUCGUGCGGGAUAUGAAUCUGGGUAUAUUGUUGGGCGUAAUGAAAGGCGGAGUAGUUCGAAAGUGAACAAUCAUAACAAGAGACCACGGGAUGAUUAG